CUUCAUUCUAAGAAUGUGAUGAUUGUUUUAUUAGUAGUGUUGAGUUAUUUAAUUAGUACUAUUCAUAGUAGUAUUACUAUUAAUAAUAAUAAUAAUAAAAUUAAUAGUAUUAAUAUGAAUGGUAAAAUAAUUUCAAGUAUUUCAGUUGUACAAUCAUCAUUAUAUACAGGUGAUAGAUUAAAAUUAUUAAAUCAACCAAUUCAAUGGAUUCCUAAUAGUAAUAUUAAACCAAAUUUAAAAACAUUUAAAUUAGAUUCAUCUAUUAAAUAUCAAUCAAUUAUUGGAUUUGGUUGUGCUUUAACUGAAGCCUCUGCAUUUACAUUUGCAACAAUGAAUGAACAAAUUAGAAAUGAAAUUCUAAGUUUAUAUUGGACUUCUAAAGGAUUAAAUUAUACUACUGCUAGAAUUCAUAUGAAUUCAUGUGAUUUUAGUUUAGAUAAUUAUAGUUGUGAUGAUGUUGAAAAUGAUUAUCAAUUAACUAAUUUUAAUAUUAGAAGAGAUAAAAUAUUUACUUUACCUUUAAUUAAAAGAGUUUUAAAUCAAGUUAAAUUAAAUUAUCCUAAAAAUGGUGAAUCUUUUAAAAUAUUUUUAUCACCUUGGUCUCCACCUGCUUGGAUGAAAUAUAAUCAUGAAAUGAAUGGUUCAAAUCAACCAAAUGGUUUAAUUAAUGCUACAAAUAUUUUAGAUUCAUGGGCAUUGCACUUUUCUAAAUUUGUUACUGCCUAUCAAAAUGAAGGUAUUGAUAGAAUUUGGGGUUUAACUAUUCAAAAUGAACCUGAAUUUGCUGCACCAUGGGAUGCUUGUUGUUAUACACCUGAAUAUCAAAGAGAUUUUAUUAAAAAUCAUUUAGGACCUAGAAUGAGAAGAGAUCAUCCAAAUUUGAAAAUCAUGAUAUUUGAUCAUAAUAGAGAUUCUGUUGAAAAAUGGGCAUCAACAAUUUAUUCAGAUCCAGAAGCAAGUAAAUAUGUAGAUGGUAUGGCAUUCCAUUGGUAUGUUGAUGGUGAAUAUGAAAAUCUAUCACGUGCUCAUCAAGUUGAUAAAGAAAAAUUCUUAUUAGCAACUGAAGCAUGUUGGGGACCUGGUGUUUCAUUGGGUAAUUGGACACGUGGUGAAAAAUAUGGAUUUGAUAUUAUUAAUGAUUUAAAUAAUUAUGCAAGUGGAUGGACUGAUUGGAAUUGUAUUUUAGAUUGGCAAGGUGGUCCAAAUCAUUUACAAAAUUGGUGUGAUGCUCCUAUUAUUGCUGAUAAUAGAACUCAGGAAAUUCACAUUCAACCAACUUAUUAUUUUAUGGGUCAUUUCUCUAAAUAUUUAACACAAGAUUCAAAGAGAAUUCACAUGUUUAGACCUGUAAAUGAUCAAACUUUAAUUACUUCAUUCCAAACACCUGAUAAUAAGAUUAUUACCAUUGUUCAAAAUCAACAAGAAAGUAUUUUAUCUUUCAAUUUAAUUGAUCAGGAUAAUCAUUUAUAUCAUGCUCAAAUUGAUGUUCCACCACGUACUAUUAGAACUUUAAUUUAUCAAAAAUAAAUUUUCA